AUGGAUCAGUUCAGCGAGGUGGCACAGACCGUUGCUUCGUUGCCAGCGAUCUUCCGCUAUCAUCACAAGCCUUACGACUCCGUUUACGACGAGACUUUCAUGUCCAAGAAUUUCCGCUUGGAGCCUCCUGGCCGUCCCAUGGGUUGGAGCAUGGAGGAAUGGCAGAUAGCAAAGGAGACGGUCGCCUUGGGAAUAACCUCGACUAUCAUCAAAGUCGUUGAUCGCCCUGCAGGUUCUGGUAGUGAGUGA